AUGGAUAUUAAAAACUGUUGCCAAUCAUGCAAGAAAAACAUCAUCCAAUCAAGGUGUUGCGAUGAGAUUGAACGUGGAAAUUCGAUAUCAGCCAAUAGAUCAAGUAAGAUGAGGUGGAGAGUGUUGUGGAUGAAGUUCAAGAAAGAGAAGAAGAAGCUAUUUGAGUACUCUGCAUCACCCCUUCAGGUCCCUUAUGAUCCAUACACUUACUCUCAGAAUUUUGACCAAGGGACUUCAAAGUUUGAGCCAGAUAACCUCUCUAGAUCUUUCUCCGUUAGGUUUGCUGAUCCUUCUACUUCUAGAAUAAUUGUAAAGAAAAGGGUAAUUUGA